AUUCCCAUCUGUCAGCAGCAUUUAAUUUGGAAUAACAUGGAACUUGAAGAUGAUUAUUGCUUGAAUGAUUACAACAUUUCAGAAGGUUGUACAUUGAAGCUGGUUUUGGCUAUGCGUGGUGGACCUAUAAAUACAAGAAAAGUUCCUAUGGAAGAUCCACUUAGGCAGAUGGCUGAGUUCAUGGAUUCCAGUCGAGAUGAGGUCUGGGAGAAGACUUGCAACAAACAAGUUACAUUUUUGGUUUAUCGAGAAGGAGAUCAGUUGAAUUUCUUUCGUGUAGUAGAUAGGGGAGAUGGCACUUUAACACCAUUAUCUGAAUCUUUAAGGUAAAUAGGUUUUCAUUUGCAUUUCUCUGUUAGAAAAGGAGAAUAUCGUAUGAUCUGCUUCAUAAAUCUUCGUUUACCUGUCAAAAUA